AUGUCUCCUGAAGAAGUGAAGGAAUUCAUCAAUAACCUCCGAAGAGCUUUUCGAGACCUUGAAACCCUUCCGGUUCCAACGAUUGCUGUUAUUGACGGUGUUGCUGUGGGAGGAGGUCUUGAAUUAGCAUUAUGUUGCGAUAUAAGAGUCUCCGGCGAAUAUGCAAAAAUUGGACUUCCUGAAACGAAGCUUGCGAUUAUUCCCGGUGCUGGAGGUACGCAACGACUAACACGAAUUGUUGGGGUCGCAAAAGCGAAAGAACUGAUUUUUACAGGUCGACUAUUGGACUCUCAAAGUGCCUUAGACCUCGGGAUUCAGCAUUGGAAUUUGAAAAUGCUUGUUAUGCACAAGUUAUUCCCACUGAAGAUAGAACUGAAG